AUGGAAGCUGCAGAAGGUUCCAAUGAUGUCGUGCACCCAGAAGUCAGAGCACACAUCAACAGUCUCGUUUCUGCUCUUGGUGGAUUCAGUGCUGAAGAUGACGGACGAUACGUGAUGGGAGACUCCGCCCUGGAGGUUCUCCGCGACAUCAAGAAAUGGAUCCGAUUCUACGACGAGAAAACAAACCGCAUGGAUGUUGCGCGAUGCUUGGCCGAGGCGAACCUGAUAGAGGGCGAUUUGCUGCAUAUACUUGCCUCUUGGCCCGAGGCGGCUACCGAUAACAAGUUCAAGGCAAGAGCUGCGCUGGCCUGCUACGAGUUGAUGGUGCCCCUGACCUGGCCGCUGGAGCGCAACCUCGAAGAGAUGACCGUCAACCACCACCGGCAUCUUCCCGUACUGCAGCUGGCUCAGGUUAGCUACAAGCGCGCCAUCAUCAACUUUGAUGCUGCACAGAUUCUGCACACGGCUGUUCGUGUGGCUCUGCCAUCCAUGGCGCUGCCGAAGAACGACCGAACUACACGAGACGAGGGUAUCAUCAAGCUAGUCCUAUUGUUCUUGCGCAACAUUGCCAUGAUUGCACCUCCGCCAGGUGUCAAGUACGACGGAGACGAGUCGCAGAUCUCCAGGUCGGCCUUGAUUGAUGCAUUCUCUUACCAGGACAUUCUGCUUACGAUCCUGACGUUGGCAUCUAACAUGGGCGACGAUUUCAACCACGAAGGUGUUAUCCUUAUGGAAAUAAUCUUCCAUCUGGUGAAGAGAGUCGACAUCAACAAGCUGUUCAUGGACGACAAGCAGUUGAGCAAGGCGAAGGCAAACGAGUUGACAACGCUGAUGAGUAAGGAGGCGGCAAUGCAUCGACCACACAACCGCAAAGCGCCGACUAGACAUAAUCGCUGGGGAACCAUGCUCUGGGUCCAGCGAGACGACGGCAAAAUGUCUACCGUUUCUGGGCAGGAUGCUCUAUUCGAUGCCGCUACGAGACAAGAGAAGAUGGACAGCAGCAAGACGUUCCGGCCGCCCAGGAGGCCAAGGAAAGAGGAGAUGGAGCCCAAGGACCUUGGACCGUCGGUCUCAUUGAAUGCAAGGGCACGAGAACAGCUCCGGAGCUUUGUGGAAGAAUUUCUAGAUUCUGGAUUCAAUCCACUUUUCCUAAAUGUGCGCAAGAAGCUGGACGACCGCAAAGACUAUGUUCUGGAAUACCACCAUCGUCAAUUUUUCUACCUCACGUCAUGGUUCCUAGAAGCUGAGCGGACACGACAAAAGGCAGCAAAAGGCAAGAGGACAAGCCAAGAUGAUGUUGGUAGCUUCAACUUGGUUGCCACCGUGCUGAACCAGGAAAUGUUCAUCACCUUGAACAGAGCCAUGCAAGAAUCUCUCGACAAUAGAAAUUGGCAGGAGCUGACUGCAGCCAUGAGGUGCUUUACACAAAUCCUGCUCACUGUGCAGGACAUGAGUGAGACUGGCAAUGAGGCAGAUGAGGAGAUUGCCGAGAACAUACUCAGUCGAAUCUUCUACGAGGAAGAAACUCAUGAACGAGUGGCAGCGGUUGUGAGAAAUUUCAAGGAUCAGGGUUUCGAGUACCUCGAUGCUUGUACGGAAUUAGCACACACAUACCUGCGCAUCCUGGAGUCGUACUCAAAGCAGAAUGUCGAUAUGCAGGUGCGGUCUCGCAAAAGGGUGAGGAAGAAGAAGGCUGCCAACAAGGAUGGCGGUGAUGAGAGCAACCCAGUAGAGGAAGACGAUGAUUCCGAGAAUGACGAGGCCAACGCCGAAAAGACGACCAAGGAACGAAAAUUCAACUUCAACAAGUGGGCUGACAAGUUUAUCCCACAACCGGUUGUCGACACUUUUGUCAAGUUUACAAGAUACUACCAAGACUUGAAUGAUGCCCAACUCAAGCGUGCACACCGAUACUUCUAUCGCAUAGCUUUCAAGCAGGACUGGGCCGUCAUGCUUUUCAGGGUGGACAUUAUUCACCUAUUUUACGGCAUGAUCAAAGGCCAAGAGCCUUUGGACAGAAGCUGCAGCAGCUACAAGGAGUGGGAAGAGCUUGUAAAGCAGAUUUUGAAGAAAUGCAUCCGCAAGAUUGACGAAAGGCCAGCCUUGAUUAUUGAGAUGUUAUUCUCCAAAAUCAAUGCUACAGCACACUAUCUGCAGUUUGGCUAUGAGAAGCAGACGAUACCGUCUUCAACACCAAAGCCCGCAGCCGAGUUGGAGUUUCGCCACGAAGUCGAGCAUGAACGGAAAGUGGCAAUUGCUGUGGGUGCAUUGCUGGACAAAGAGAUGGCACACCACAUCAAGUGGGUGAGAGACCAACUCAGCGCCGCGGAAACCGAAAGGAGGGCCUGGGGGACGGCGGAGAAGGCGUUGCAAUCUGUCGAACCACCUGCUGCAGAUAAUGCAGAGCAACCCGAAGGAGCUGCUGCCCAAAAGGAGGCAUCCGACAUCUUUGUUCGUCCUGAUGACGAUGCUCGCCGGGUGGCAAUGUUCAAAAAUCCACACCUUCGCCUUCUCAUGAAAUUGGUCGGGUUUGAGCGUCUUGCGCCAUCCGUGGACGAGACACCCGAGUCGGCUUGGAUUAUUCCCGCCGCUCUUACCGCAGAUCAACUCAAAGAGUCUUUGGACCUGGUCAGUAAAGCCGAGUUUGAUCCGCCGACAUUCGAAGAGGGUAAGCUGGCGGAAGAUCAACUUCGCAGAAAGACUGCACCGCGUGCCCCUCGAAAGAAGGCAGUAUUUGACGACGACGAAAGCGGCAUUGAUGAUGAUGAGAUCCUUUUCCCCGCUGGUGGUCCCACUGUGCGUCCGGCAGACCACAGCGAUGCAGAUAAGCCGAAAAAGACUCGACGCAGACGCGAGAAGAAGGAAAUCACGGAAGAAGAGAGGGAAGACAGGGCGCGGAAACGUCGCCAGAGGGAGAAGGAAAAGGCACGCCGCUUCAAGUCUGACGUCUAUGUUCACGCCAGCGACGACGAAACAGACGAGGAGCGCGACCGAGAGUUCUUUGCUAAGGAAGCAGAGUUGCGUAAGAAGCAAAAGUCCCUCGCAAAAAGCGCGGCAGUGACUGUGCUACCCCCGAGUCCGAGAUUGGGCGCGGCGAAACGCAAGAUUGCCGAGUUACUAGAGUCGGACGACAGCAGCAGCGACAGCGACAGCGGCGAUGAGGAUGAGCUAGGAGAUAGAACGAAAGGCCCAAAGUCGACACAAGACUCGACUACUAGUCGCCUCCGAGACACUACCUUGGUCGAUGAGGAUGAUGAGGAUGAGGACAGCCAAGACAAUGACGACGGCGAUGAUGAUGACGACACGCCUCCCUCGUCCAGCCCUCACGCUGGCUCCACAGGCAGCAGAAAUGCCAACAAGCGGCGGCGGCUCUCCAAAGAGCCCAGCUCCGCUCCCGACCAAGAGAUGGUGGACGCGGAUGAGGAUGAGGACGCACCAAAGCCGGCAGCCCGCCGAAGACCCCGGGCCAAGGCCGGCUUCAUUAUAGAUAGCAGUGACGAGGAGUAA